AUGGCGAGUUCUCUAUCCGCAGCCACAGUUUACUCACUCAAUCCAGACCCGGUUGCGUCUUCUUUAAAUUCCGCCAAGCUUGCUCACCUAUCUUCUCUGCAGUUCCCCAGAGCGUUACGCGGAUUUGGCAUAAAAAAUCAAGUCGCCGAAUCCAGGCGUAACCCCAGAAAUCUUCCUCUUGUGGUGGAAGCAAAGAAGCAAACAUUUUCCACUUUUGAUGACUUGCUAGAAAAUUCCGACAAACCAGUGUUGGUUGACUUCUAUGCUACCUGGUGCGGUCCUUGCCAGUUUAUGGUGCCCAUUCUCAAUGAAGUUGGGACUACCUUGAAAGAUAAGAUCCAAGUGGUGAAAAUUGAUACUGAGAAAUACCCAAGUAUUGCAGACAAAUAUAGAAUUGAGGCUCUCCCAACAUUUAUCUUAUUUAAAGACGGAAAACCUCAUGACCGUUUUGAGGGUGCUCUUACGGCUGACCAACUAAUACAGCGGAUUGAAGCCUCACUGCAAGUCAAACAGUAG